AUUGUCUUUUCAUGGAUAGCAAAAGUCAGCAAAUAGGGACCUCUUCUAGCGUGAAUUCAACGUCGGUAUAAGAUCGACUUUUGUUGUUGUGUGUUAUUCUCUUGUGAGUAUGUGUAGACACUAUUAGGGGGCAGAGAUAUCAGGCUAUAAUUUCCCAAUCAACUUUUUGAGUUACUCUAUUCUCUCACCCCCUCUCAACAGAGCGUUGUAAUUGGACUACAAAAGUCUCAAAUAGGGAUUUUAAUUGGUAGUUAGUGACCUUGAGGGCAUACAACAAUGGAUCAUGUGAUUGUAAAUUAAAAGCGUUAUCUUCGUAAACAAUAUAAUUGCUAAAGUAUAAACGUAGGUGGCUAGUAUUAAGACGAUAAUAGUUGGGGCUUUGGCUCGCUCUUGAUUUUACUGACAUUCAGAAAAAAUGAAGUGUCCUGCAUGCAAUAAAGAAGUUUACUUCGCUGAACGAGUCAGUUCACUUGGUCAAGACUGGCACCGUCCGUGUUUAAAGUGCGAGAGAUGCAAGAAGACUCUCACUCCAGGUUCUCACUGUGAAAACGGAUGCAAAUAAUUUCACUUGAAGUCGUUUAAUCCACUCUGUGUAGUUCAAUCCUCAUAACUCAGAUGUGUGUAAUUAAGUAGUAAUCCAGACGGCUUUGUAGCAAGUAGUUUCACAACAUUAGUUAUUGCUACAUCUAUGUCUGUAUAGGCGAAUAGUUGUCUGUUUUGUCAAUCAUCAUUAAGAGCCGCAAACAGUUGCUGGUUUUUGUAUCCUCAUCUUUGCAGUGACAAUAUCAUAAGGAUAAUAAACUGUUAUCUAAGUCUUGUUAUUUGAAUUUUUAUUACCAUUGGUAGUAGUUUUCAUUUCAUCUUUAAAUGCAGUUUUCAAAAUAACAUUUUCGUAGAGUCUUUAUGCACACUGGUAAUGUUCAGGAAGAUUUUUAAUUCUCUUAAUAGGAAAGACAUUCACAAAAAACUUGAGAUUAAAAAUUGGUGGUCUGUUUAUUACGAUGAACGUGAAUAAGAGAUAGAUUUAGUAUUUACCUUUGGUGUCACAGCCCUGUUUUAGAAUGUCACUAGGUUGUUUUUGUGUUUCUAUUUCAAUAGGCUACCCAAAACAUCUCUCUAAAUAACUAUUAUUCUUAUGUGACGUAAUUUUCAUAUGUAUUUCCAAAAGUUUUUACUGCUCUUAACAAAACAGUUAGUCUUCUCGAUAAGAGCCAAUACUGUCAGAUUUGAUGUAUGAAUUACACCGUCAAAGAGCUGGAAACGUAAAUGAAAUUUGUGGCGCUCAUUCUGAGCUCAGUUUACUAGUGAACCCAUCUCAUUGAACAGUGGACUAGUGAAUCAUUUGAAUUAGUGGGAAAAAAACCACUCAAGCGAACCAUGUACUAAACCUGAUUUAGCGCACUAUCCAGCAAAAGUACAUUGAUUACUACUAAUUCCAAUUUCAUAUUGUUCCCACUUUAGCACCAAGGGAAGCCUUAUUGUGAAAAUCCCUGCUAUAGGACACUGUUCGGUCCCAAAGGUGAGUCGUUUUGAUUGCUAAAUUUAUAAGUAUGUGGUUUAGAUUGGUUAGUAAAUAAUAUCAGAGCACGGCUAACCGCGGUCUUGUGGCUAUAGGUGGUAUUGAAGAUAGUGGUCGGUUCAAGAGUCCUUUGAGGCGACCAGCCCACCGUUCUCAUUGGUAAUUAGGUUCCCUUCGCUACCUCUCAUUGGUUUCAUCUGUGCUGAUUUCUUACCGGGUAGAGACCUGGUUAUCUAAUAUAAUGUUCUGAGGUGCUCUGCUUGAACUGAUAGCGUGUCGUAAAAUUUUGUUUUGUCUUUCCUAGCACUCGUCCUCACUUUAUUCAUUAUGUUGUACAUUGAACUCGACUUUUUCCACUGUUGUCCAUUUUUGCAUUGGUGAAAGUACACGCUAUCGCAGAUCAAACUUUCCGCUCUUUCGUUUCAGUAUACUUGUAUGCCUAGAACGGAGGCGGGCAAUUUUCGUUUAAUUUUCCUUAGGUAGUUGAUUUUGUAUAAUGAGCCUGGAGAUAUGUUGUAAUCAUAUCAGACGUUGCGUUUGGCUGUUUUAAGGGUGUUCUAUCAACUAUUUAUGCAUCUAGAAUAUCUACUGUUACGUUUGCUAUGCUAUUGGUGAGGACACCUCACGAUAGCCGUUCUCCUCACUCGAAAGAACCGACGGGCUUAUCGGUUAUGGGACCGUGGCCAGCAGUCAUAUCUACAAGUAAAUAACGAAUCAUUGAUAACAGAUAGCCAUAUAACUCCCCGAUUCCAAUGGUCAUGUAAUCAUUUUUUUAUAAGAAAAUAUUCAUAUUUAUUAAAACGUUGCCUUAUUUCUUCAUUUUCUCUCUUGAGAUUUUGUGACGAAACUGAGCCUUAGAAGCUGGAGGUUUUGUUUUCCACUCUUUCAGGACUACUGUUAAACUUAUAUUUUCAGUGAAAAGUGACGAAUUGAUUAUCUAGAGCUAAAUGUUAGUUUACUAGCUUGAAAAUAUUCACAUAUGCAGCAACAAAUGUGUCUCAAAGAAGGUCACACAUUUACGUGAUGGGGAAGUGACUAGUGAAACACCUUUCUUUUUGGUCACGAAAUAUUUCGCACUGUCUGAACUACAUUCAUUAUUUAAAUUGUACCUCAAUGGAUGAUGCUCAGAUAAGAUAAGUUAAUCGGGACUAUGUGAAGUGAUUUAUUAUUUUUGGGUUCCGAGUAGAACUCAGGGCUUCACCAGCAUGUCUUCAUUUUUUUCUAUCCUUUGCAGUCUACUUCAUUUGGAUUCAUGACUACCAUCAGGUUCUCAUUCCCUCCUCACACGAUCUUCUCCAUGUCACCGUCGGACACCCAACUCUCCGUUUCUC